UGUGGCUCAAGACACGGUGCGGCGCCGUCUCGUGCCGCUGUCGUUGAGUUUUGAUAAUUUCACAUGUUGUGUGAGACCAGUGCGUGGAACACUGCCGCUAAUUUGCGCGAAUUGCGCUGUGCCGAUCAUAUUUUGCUCUGCUGACGACAGGCUGUGCACUCCGUAGCGAUGCGACUCGGCGGACCGGAGCCGGCAAUAAAGGCCGCGACGCGCGCGGGCGACGACGCAUUCUUCCUGCAAGCGCGGCUCGCCUGCAUCUCGGUCGCGACGGUGUGCUUCGCCGCCGCUGCCGGGCUCGAGGGCCAAAAAUUGGGCAGUCCACUCGUGGCCGCGUUACCCGGCGUCGCCGCCGCGGGCGCGCUUGCGUAUCGUGCGAGGCCAGCCCUCGCGCUGACGCCACCGCUCGGUCUCGACGGCGACGUGGAGAUCCGCGAGGCGCCGGGCAAGGGCGAAGGCCUGUUCGCUUCGAGACGAAUCAAAGAGGGCAAAUUCAUCAUGGAUUACUUGGGUGAGGAGAUGUCCGCUGAAGAACUUGACGAACGCUACGAGAACUUGCUCGAGGCGAGGUACGCGCUGGAACUCACGGGCCCGCUCGGCCUGAAUCCGAGCUACAUCGACGCCGUGAAUCCAGAACGUUCGAAUCUCGGGCGGUAUAUCAACCACUGCUCGCGCCCGACAUGCCGCAAAGUACGGCAGCGCUUCCCCGACCGGCGGCUCCGAUUCUUCGCCGCGCGGGACAUCGAUCCCGGCGAGGAGCUGACGUUUGAUUAUGGCGAAAGCUACUGGAUAGGAAGAGAGAAUGAGCUUGUUGAGUGAGUAAUCUUCCAUGUUA